AUGGCGAGUCAAGAGCCAAGAAGCCUAUUUGAUAGGGGUUCCCUAUCUUUUCUCUGCUUCGAGGACGCAUUCCCACAACUGGCGUGGGAGCGUGAAAGGGAAAGAAAGAGGCUUCAAAAUGCCAAGAUGUGUGCUGAACCAGGGAGUGCAAAGUUGUGUGCUGAACCAGGGAGUGCAAAGUUGUGUGCUGAACCAGGGAAGCUUCCAAUUACUAACAAGAUUAAACGUGUCACACAAUGGUUGGCUCAUCAAAACAGUAUGAAUGUGGAUGGAAACCGAUCCGAAAACAACUCACCAACCCCUACGUCGGAAAGGGACACACCACCAUGGUCAAGAAGGAAUCACAGUGGGAGCGACACUUCCUCUACCAAUUCAGUAAAUUCCAGGAGCAUGGGAAGGAGGAAUAUACAAAACGACAGGCCAACUCCUUCAUUGAGUCGUGGAAGCACAUCGUCCUCUCACUCAAUAAAAUCCCAGGAUGUGACCAACCUUCAAAACAACAGGCCAGCAAAUUCACAAAGUCGUGGAAGCACCUCGUCUUCUCACUCAAUAAAAUCCCAGGAUAUGACCAACCUUCAAAACAACAGGCAAGAACCUCCACUGAGACGUGGAAGCACCUCGUCUUCUCACUCAAUAAAAUCCGAGGAUAUGACCAACCCUCAAAACAACGGGCCAGCACCGCCACUGAGUUGUGGAAGCACCGCAUCUUCUCACUCAAUAAAAUCCCUGGAAAUGACCAACCUUCAAAACAAAAGGCCAUCACCUCCAAUGAGUCGUGGAAGCACCUCGUCCUCUCACUCAAUAAAAUCCCAGGAUAUGACCAACCCUCAAAACAACAGGCCAGCAACUAUGGAUCCUCCACUGACUUGUGGAAGCAGAUCCUCAUUGUCAUCAUCCUCCAGUUCCAGGAAUCUAAGUAGCAAGUCUCCUCCCUCACCUCAGUUAAGGCACGGUGCUCAGUCAGGUUCGGCUGAAUUUUCUGAAGGACACGACCUCCAUUACAGCAAUUUAGGGAGGUAUAUAAGAGAAAAAUUUCAUUGUCAGGAGAUUUGUGAUAUGGCAUUCAGGGUUGGGGACAAAAUUAUUCCUGCCCACAAAAUUGUGCUGGCUUCUAGAAGCCCUCUCUUUGCAAAUAUAUUUGAAAAGGAGUCCUUUCGUAAAGAAGCAGUCAUCCCAAAAAUUAUAAACAUCCGCGGAGUCUCAGAAGAUUCCUUAAUGGUCUUCCUUGAGUUUUUAUACUCCGGCACAAUUACCAUCGAAGCAGACACUUUUUCUGAUCUUCUCAAACUUGCCCGUGUCUUCAAAGUUAAUGAAAUAAAAAGGCUGUGCCUGAAUUACAUUAAUGAUGCCAAUUAUGAAGAAUUACUGAAGAGGCUUCCCAUGGUUAAAGACAUAGAGGAAAUGGAUUGUUUUGCAAAAAUGUUAAAUGCAAUUGGAAAGAACUUUCUUCAAGUUAAAGAAUCAAGAUCGUUUUUUGAAGUUGAUAAGGAAAUACUCGCCAUGAUUUUGGCUCAGGACUGUUUAAAUACAAAGUCUGAAAUGGAUGUAUUUACUUCAAUUUCGUGGAUACACCACCACGACUACGAAAUCAGAAUUCAAUAUUUAGAAGAACUAUUAUCUUUUGUGAGGUUUCCUCUUAUGUCCCAAGCAGAACUGUUCAGGUGCUUUAAGAUAUUUCCACCUUUACGUAAUAACAUGAAAGUUGUUGAGAUGAUCACCAUGGCCAACUGGAUUCAGACCUCCUAUUCAUUACAUGAGGACGAUCCGUUAGAAAACAUGCUACCCAGGAAAAGGAAUGAGUUAACAAGCAGCCAAAGUGUCAACAGCUACACAAAAACCAAUUCUAGUACUGCUGUCAAGAAUGAAGUAGAAGUAGAGAUGUAUCAAAUGGAUCAUAGCAUGGCUCAAGAUUUCAAUGCACAUGCGAGAUCUUCAACCAGCCAUUAUUUAUGUGCUAGGGUUGAAAAGUACGAAUCCCCAAAAAGCAAAACAUUCACACGCAGAAAGAUAAAAGACAUCAAAAAUGAAAACAACAGGUACGUAAUGUAUACAUGUCUUUUUAUAUGAAUAAUAUGAAACAUGCUUUGAAAGUACCAAAGAUUGUCAAAGUUAGGCGCAUAUACA